ACAGACCAAUGCAAACACAGCUAUAGGCCAAGCAGCGCAUGCGUUUUAUUGCUUUUAUUUUAUGAAGUGCCUUGAAAUGAGAGGGCGUGCGAAAUUUUUCAUUGAUGUUAAAUUUGCCAUCGCGUAGCAAGCUCUAUAACCGUGUGGUUCAUGUUCAUUUAUGCAUUUUAUAAUCCGUAGAAAACAAUCGUCUUCAAAAGAACUAAAUGCGACUGAUCGUGCACAUAUGAAUAUCGCUCACCUCCCAUUAUCGAUCUUGCCUCGUGCCUUCUGUCAGCGCUUUUCUGUUGAAAGACAAAGUUUCAUAAAAGUCAGAAACUUUGGUUUUAGCUGUAGGUCAAAAAGAUUCACAGUAUAUAUUUUAAAAUAGUGCAAAUAGCUAAUAAAUGGCGACAUUUGUUUUAAAAUCCAUGACGCACAUUGGAAUUGAACUUUUAGAGCAUUAUAGAAAUCAUCUAUAUCAGCAAAUGACAAUAAAUUCUUCGUUAUAGUACCAGUAAAAGAGAUAGAUAUAGAAGAUCAGGAGAAGGCGCCAAAACUGAUCCGUGAUCUCACGCCUGUCGACCAAUAGUAUUUGAAUAUGCGGCCUAGUGCUCAGCGGGCCGAAAAAUCUUGAAGUGAAAAUAGCGAAGAAAAUCAAAAUGAUGGCCUCAAAAGUAAAGUAUAAAUUUAGUAAAAUAUUGAAGAUAUCGACUUUGUUUAUGGUCAUAGCGCUAACGGAAUGUCGUCGACAAAGCGAACCUACUUUUAUUGAUGGGGUCUCUGAUCCAUCCGAUCAGACUCUGAUAAGAGUUUUGAGAUCAGAAUUUGAAGAGGAGGAGAACAAAGGCAGUAGGAAAGUAGAAAAAUCCAGUAAAGUCGACAAACACAUUUUGCCUUUGAAGAAAAGAGCGUCCGAUGAAGAAGAUCAAUUUUUUCAAGCUCUUUUAUCUCGAACUCAGGAGAAACCUAUCGAAAAGAGAUCGUCCGAAUCCCUAACGGAAAAAGAUAAUGACGUCAUGAAUUGGAAAAGCAAUUCAAAAAUCACUGAUGCUGAUAAAAAAGAACUGGAGCAUCUAUUCAACAGUAUUAGUGUUGUAGAAAACGAGGUGACUUCGAAAGAGAAGAUAGAAGCCAAACGUUCAACUGGAAACGAUGCGAAGGUCACAGAUUUAGUUGAGUGGUUGAUGUCAAAACCACCAAAAGAAUUUCACGAUUCGUUGCGUCAUAUCAUCGAUGCAGAGAAGCAAAUCUCCGAUAUAUUUACUGCUAGGGAUACAAUCGCAACUGCAACUACUAGAAAGUUAGUGGCCAAUCAACCUCUGGAGAGUUUGCCCACAACGCGUACUGACUCUUCCCCAGUUCUCCAGCCGACAUCUAUGGCGACAUCUAGUAGAUCGGUGACAGAUGAACCUUACGAGACUUUGCCCACAACGCGUACUGACUCUUCCCCAGUUCCCCAGCCUGCAUCUAGCGUGGCAUCUACUAGAUUGGUGACCGAUCAACCUCAUGAAACUUUGCCUUCAACCGCGGCAUCCAGCGUGACAUCUAGAAGCCCGAUGAUUGGCAGUUUCGUACCGAACCCAGCUCAUGAUCAAUCCUCCCAAGGGACCAUUUCAAGUGCAACGCAGCCAGCGAUGGUUUUGCAUUCCGCUCCAUUGAAUGCGGCGCAACCUCCAUUGGCUUCAGGGCAAUCACAGUCGGCUGCCGGGCAACCACCAUUGGCUGUAGGGCAAUCACAAUUGCCUGUAGGGCAAUCACAAUUGGCUGCAGAGCAAUCACAAUUGGUUGGAGGGCAGCCAGUGGCUAUAACUGAGGGAACUCGCCCUGCAUUUAUAGAGCAACAAUCCCAACGGUUUGUCGGACAACCUGUAACAUCAAGUGUAGCACAAGCGGGCACGAUGCCCCAGCCAGUUGUUUCGGGUGUAGCUCAACCUGCGACGGUUUCGCAGUCCGCAUCUCAGUCUGGUAUGAUUCAAGCUCCAUCCACAAAUAAUCCUGGAGCACCAGGUAAAAAAGUCAACCUCUAUGCUGAUGUUAUAAAAAUGUCCAAAGCUCUAAGUCAGAGUGCCCCAGGUCCCAUACCCAUUGAAGCUAUGAACUAUUUCAACAAAUUUGGUGGAAUCGGCACCACACACCCUAUAGCUAUGACAAAUGUGGCGGUAAAUCCUCAGGCCAUGCCUACGAUACCAUUACCGCAAGCACCCGCAGUCUCUCCAAUCAUGGCUCAGCCACAAAAUGCACUGCCAGGACCUCUUCACAAUAUGCAUGGCAGGACCUCUUCCACAAAAUGCACUGCAAGGACCUCCGCCACAAAAUGCACUGCCAGGACCUUCACCACAAAAUGAUCUGCCAGGAUCUCUUCCACAAAAUGCACUGCAAGGAUCUAUUUCACAAAAUGCACUGCCAGGACCUUCACCACAAAAUGAUCUGCCAGGAUCUCCCCCACAAAAUUCACUGCCAGGACCUAUUUCACAAAAUUCACUGCCAGGACCUAUUUCACAAAAUGCACUGCCAGUACCUCCCCCACAAAAUGCACUACCAGAAUCUCCGCCACAAAAUGCACUGCAAGAAUCUCCUCCACAAAAUGCACUGCAAGAAUCUCCUCCACAACAAGCUCUAACUCCACCAAAGGUGCAGUCACAAUUGCAUUCCAAAGUACAAAUGCAGCGCAUGUCUCCAAGGCAACAAGAACAAUAUAUCAAACUGCAACAGCAAUACGCGAAGCAACAAGAACAAUACGUGCAACGGCUGACGUCUUUUAAACAUCAGUUGGACGAGAGGCAAAGGAAUAAACAAUCUCGACCUGACCUAAAAAGAAUGAAGAUUACAAACCAGCAGCCAUAAGGCCUUAUCCCAUGAACAGAGAUGAGUUGGAUAAGUCGACAGG